GUCAAACAGUUUGUCCGCAUUAGUAAACAAGAUGGCAGCCAACUUGAAAGAGAUUGUCGGAGUGUACCAGAAUCUCAAGCGAGUUUGGGAUACAAAGCCGCCCAAUCUUGAUAAAGCUGGCGAACUUCUUUCUAAGCUCAAGCUUGCUCUCACCAGUGUCGCCUUUUUACCCACAACAGAAUCGACUGUGUCAAAGCAAGAACUGCUUAUUGCACGAGAUAUUCUGGAAAUUGGUGCACAAUGGGCGAUAGCGAAAAAAGAUAUUCCCGGCUUUGAGAGAUACAUGGCACAACUGAAAUGUUACUACAUGGAUUACAAAGAUGAUCUUCCAGAGUCAACUUUCAAGUACCAGCUGUUGGGUCUCAACUUGUUGUGUCUUUUGUCUCAAAACAGAUUAGCUGAGUUCCAUACUGAACUGGAGCGUUUGCCUGUAAAGGAGAUUCAGUCUAACAUUUACAUCAAACAUCCAGUGAGCAUGGAGCAGUAUCUGAUGGAGGGAAGCUACAACAAGGUGUUUUUGGCCAGAGGCAAUGUCCCUGCUGAAAACUACAACUUCUUCAUUGACAUUUUACUCAACACCAUCAGGGAUGAAAUUGCGGGCUGCAUUGAGAAGGCUUACAAUCAAAUUGGACUGAGUGAAGCUGCCAGGAUGUUGUUCUUCGAGUCCCAAAAGCCCAUGAAGGAUUAUGCAGCAAAAAGAAACUGGAAUGUAAGGAAAGACAACUUCUUCUACUUCACACAGGAAGCCAAGAACAUGGACCGUGCCAUCCCAGCUCGCCUGCUGGCCGAGCAGAAUAUUGUGUAUGCACGAGAGUUAGAAAUGAUAGUUUGAUCUUUCUGUCUUUAGCUUUCUGACUCCCGUCACUUUUGUAACAUGUCUGUGAACUUGUCUUGGGUUUUCACGGGAAGAAUCGUUUUUGGAGGGUUUUUUUGUUUUGGGUGGGGGGGGGGGGGGGGGGGGGGGGGGGGGUGUGGGGGAUUUGGUUUUCAUCAACACUGGAUGACAGGCAGGUGUGGUGAUUGCUGUGGGAAUGAAAAAAGAGAUGAUGAGGAGGAGGAGCGUCUGAAGGAAGGGAGCUGUGUGAAGUGUGUACAUAGAGGUUUUUCACUCACCUUUUGAAUCAGUUGUCUGGAUGAAGGUACCAUGGAUUGUCAGACUGUGAACAGGUGUGUGUUUGUGUGUGUGUUGUUCUGUGAAUGGUUGGAUGAAUCAAACUCGUGUAUUAUUGAAACUUUUUUUUUUGGACUCCAUGAAUAAAGUUAGCAAAUUAAUUUUCC